CUCGCACUAGUUUCAUCUUUCGUGGAAUUGGAGCAAGAACUUUCGGCGUGACCUACGCGAAAAAACUUAUUUUAGUAAACAAAAAGGUGUUCGUGAUAAGUGAGAAUGAUGAGUGACAUUAGUGUGUGAAGAUUUGUUAACCGUUAAUAUAACAAUAAGAUUUCAUUAGUGGAUCGUAAGAAAUCGGUGUGCAAAAUGAAGGAAGAACUCGAGGGGACUUUGGUGAACCAAACGACUUUAGUGCCGUUGCCAGUUUCGAACGUAACGAGAAAUGUAACGAACUUACCACUUGAUAUGCAAUUUAAUGACGGACAUAGACUCUCUAUAUUUGUUUACAGUAUUUUAUUUGUGUUUUCAACAAUUGCAAAUACGACAGUGUUGGUGCUUAUUUUAAAAAGACGCAAAAAGUUUCCGUCUAGGAUUAACAUGAUGCUAGUUCAUUUGUCUAUAGCUGAUUUAAUGGUUACCCUUCUUAUAAUGCCUCUUGAAAUUGGAUGGAAUGUUACAGUGCAAUGGUUAGCAGGAGAUGCCUUGUGUAGAAUUAUGAUGUUCUUCAGGACAUUUGGAUUAUAUCUGUCUAGUUUUAUAUUGGUGUGCAUCGGCAUAGACAGAUUCUACGCAGUGUUAAAACCACUUGAUAGGGGUGGAGCGCGGGAGAAAAUAAUGCUAGCUGUAGCUUGGAUAGCAGCGUCUAUCUGCAGUGUUCCACAGAUGCUCAUCUUUCACGUGGAGACUCAUCCAAAUGAGACCUGGUAUUAUCAGUGUGUCUCGUACAACAGUUUUCCUUCAUACGGCCUUGAGUUGGUCUACGUCAUCGUGAGCGCUCUCUUGAUGUAUUUUUUGCCUUUUGUAGUUAUUAUUUACUCCUACGCAUCCAUUCUUUUGGAAAUUUUCCGCAGGACAAGAAAUCCAAUUGGAGCUGACAGUGUGACAAGGUCGAGUCUUCCCUUUCUUGAUAAAGCGAAAAUUCGAACACUGAAAAUGACCAUCAUCAUCGUCUUUGUGUUUUUUGUUUGUUGGACGCCAUAUCAAGUUAUGAGUCUUUGGUAUUGGUUCGACCGUAGUUCCGCUGAAGCUGUGGAUUUACUUGUCCAAAAAUUUCUCUUUCUCUUUGCCUGUACAAACUCCUGUAUGAACCCUGUCGUCUAUGGACUCUUCAACAUUAGAAGACGUCGAAGAGGAAAGGUGAGGUCUAGAACAUAUACAAAUAGUACACACGUCAAUGGAGCUUCCAUGAGUACACGAACUGAUACACGCUUAUCUAUUAAGAGUUAUUCCUGAAAUACGUACGCACAGUCGUAUCACGCGACUCUAGUUUAAGACUUAUGUAGAUAGAUUAUAAAUUUGUGCUAUGUACAUUACCUGCUUAAGCUUCAAUUUUAUUAAGCUGUGGUCUCCGAUAAAUGCCGUAGGUUACGCACAGCGUCAAGCUAGACGUUGCAUACAGCCUUUGUCAGUCACCGGCAACUUCACGUAGUCAAUACAAAACAUAGGCCAUGAUUAUCAAUAAACACCGUAAGUCGUGUCCAAAGUCAUGUGGUCAGGAAUAAAUGCCGUAGGUUGGGUAGAGCGUUUUCGUGGGCAACAACAUUCCGAUAAUUUUCGUUAUCAGUCAAGUGCGAUACUUGUUGAUAAGCAACUCGUCUUGUUCUUUUUUUUGCUGCGUCUUGUUUUACUCACUUCGUUAGGUUUAAAUCCUGAAGAAAAGUACGUUGCAAUGCUCGAAAAUAACUAAAGACGCUGCUUCCAACAUUUUAAGUCGCUCUUAGCAGAUCGACACUGCGUUCGACAUCCAAUAGAGAGCAUAUCCAUUAUUUAUUGUACAAACCUACUGCGUGAUAGUUUAGGCAGCAUACGGCGUUUAUUGGUGACCAGUGCUUGUGAAGGCGUGUAGAGCAGUUUGAUGCUAUGUUCGGAGUACGAUAACAGACCGCAACUAUUACUUAUUGUAUUAAGUAUGCAAACGCAACAUACGACGGGACUCGUACGCAGCGUACGGCAUUUAUUGGAGACCACAGUCUUAGAAAUAUAUAGAAAAAAACUUAAAUGUCAUAACGUUAAGGUAUACUAGGAAAAUAUAGCUGCAGACUUCGCUUUAGAAUUUCGACUAACACAAAUCUAUUAAAAAUGUAUAGAUGUCGUAUAAAAUCCAUAUCAACCACUCAGCUUUAUUAGUGUUAAAACGAACACAUGCAUUAAGGGAUAGGCACGAACUUUCAGAUCCAAUGCUAUUUAAAUGUAUUCAUUUUUUUUAAAUACAUGUCCGUGAUGAUAUUUUACAAAUUGAACAUUCGCUAUCUUGGUCAUACAACGCCCUCAAUCGAUAAUAAUGUGGUGACAAGACAGUGACAAACAACGCUAUUAAAUAUAUGGCAGGCUUCAGGAACAUUUUGAGUCGUUGAUUAAAUAGUAUUGAUAGUGUAUUUGAUAAAUAAUUGAUUUAAGACAUGAAAUUAAUAAAAAGUUAUUUAUUGUUUAUUAUUAAUGGAAGAUUAAAGCAGAGAAUACACCAGGAUAUAUUCUGUGAUCCAAGUAUUUUGGUGUUGAAGAUGUUCAAAAACGAUCCAUAUUAACACUAUAUUAUUCAGAAAAACACUUUAUCACUUUUCCUCUUUUCUCGAUUAUUAGUUUUUAUUGUAUAGUAUAUAAAUUAUUGUAAUCACUGAAUACAUAGUUAGUGAGAAAAUAAUCAUAUGAUUUAAAUGAAUUAAUGAUUUACGAGAUUAUACAAGUGACGGUUAUCCAAGAACGUUCAAAAACCAUCUCUAAGUUAAUGAUGACAAUGUCGUUGUCAACUGAUGUUUACAUCUCCAUAACAGUGAGAAUUUUACUACACGUAAUUUGCCGUGAACGAAAGAAAAAGUAGGGCUAGCGGUAAAAUAUUUGCGCCUACGCUCUUAAACUUUUGUAUGUAUAUAAACAAAAUAAAUAAAAAAAAUAUAAAUAUAUUUUUGAAUAUUUUGAUUUUUAGCAGAAUUUUGAUGUGAAAUAUUUAAAGUGAUAAAAAAGUCGAUUUUUGCAUGUAUACUAUUUGUGAUAAUAUUAUGUACUAUUAUGUUAUUGUUAUAGACGAGGGCAUUUAGCACAAAAUAAAUAAAUUUUUAAAUACAGCAUCUAGAGACUUGCAGUUUCUUGCAUUAUGUUCAGGAUGACGUCAGGAAAAAAGUUUACUAUUCAAAAAUGGGUGGAAAUGCAUAAUUGCACUGUAAAGUGCA